AUGACAGCACUGCUGGCGCUUUGGCUGUGCAGCGGCCAGGCCAACUGUGCGACAAGCCGCGACCAGAUGCUGGUGGUGAUGCCCUGUGCACACACCCAGCAUCAUAUCCAACAGGCGGUAAGACACGGGGGUGCCAGUGAGGCCCAUCUGCCGAAUGAGGCAGACCUCCAUUGGCGCUGUGCCCCAAUAGCAGACCUGCAGCCCAGCCGGGUCGAACACUGUGAGCACAAUGUUGAGAGCACGCCUGAGAACCGUCAGCUCGACAUCACCAGGCAGCAGCCGGUGCUGGGGAGGCUGCCGACAUGGGCAUGUAGCACUUGGAAGCACAUCACGUCCCAAGACUCGGCAAUGGCCCCCACCAUGUUCGACAGCAGAAUGUCAGGUGCAGGCAUGCAAAAACUCCUCCUAUCCAGCUACAGCCUCCAUGACGAGGCAGCCCUCUUCAGAUCUUACACCAACGCCGAAUUCAAUGCAGAACUGGAACGUGGGAGGCAGCACCAUGCUGUGUUCGAGUCAAACUACGGUUCCAAGCCUGCCACUACAGUCCCCUACAACAUAACCAAGCGCAUUCACGAUGGUGACAUGCCGGACUUCAACACUGCCAUGUAUGCCGACAUCAUGAAGCUGUGGAUGACAUCUGCGGGCUCACUGCGAGCCAAUACAGCCAUACAGCUCAUAUAUGACUUCGGCAUGGACGCGGCCAAAGUCCUCGACUCAACACAGGAAUUCACGGUCCGCAUGGUGCUGCAGCCGUCCGUUAUGCAGGACGACGUCCACCUCUACCAACCCUUCCGGGACCACUUCCACUUGACAUGCCUCAUGUCCACCGCGAAUCCAAGACUCGCCGAUAAGAUGGAGGCGUUCUACAUUGCUCAGUAUAACUGCCUUGGGCCGGACGGCUACAAUGUGCUGUGGUCUCUUGUAAUGUGGUGGUGGGCGUGUGGGCGGUACCGGCACGUUUUUGGGUCAUCAUAUAGAAGAGUCAUGUGGGGGGAGGGGCAUAUGAAUCAGUCAUAUAUGAGAGUGAUGGCCAUAUCGGCGUGGAGGCUGCCGGCAGCCGUGAUCCACAGCUGCAUAACGGACGGCUGUGGCACCAUGCGGACCUGUCAGAUGGGGUAA